AUGUCCGAACAGAAGAGCGCUCUGAACGUGAUCAUGGGUGCCAUGACCUUCGGGUACGAAGGCACAGACGGCGGUCGCCUGCACACGCCCGAGGCUGUUUCUGAGGUCCUCGACGUCUUCCAGAAGCACGGCCAUAAGGAGGUUGACUCCGCACGCUUCUACUGCAAUGGAUCGUCCGAGGAGUUGCUCGGCAAGAUCGACUACAAAGCCCGCGGACUGCUAUAUGAGACGAAGCUGUAUCCUGCCCCGCAGAUCAAAGUCUCGCACAGCCCUGCGGAUCUGCGCCAACACCUCGAUAUAUCGCUCAAGGCUAUGAACACCGACUGUCUGGAAAUGUGGUACCUGCACGGCCCGGACCGCACGACGCCGUACGAGGAGACACUCCGCACGGUUAACGAGCUUUACAAGGAGGGCAAGUUCAAGCGCUUUGGUAUUAGCAACUACUACUCGUGGGAGGUUGCAGAGAUCGUCAUGAUUUGCCGAAGCAACGGAUGGAUCCAGCCGACCGUUUACCAGGGUCUCUACAAUGCUAUCCAACGCCGCGUUGAGCCCGAGCUCUUCCCGUGCUUGCGCAAGUUCGGCCUCAGCUUCUACGCGUUCAACGCCCUUGGCGGAGGUUUCUUCACCGGGAAAUACAACCCGGAUAGCGAUGCUGCUGGAUUGCGCUUCGAUACGAAGAACUGGCAAGGCCAAGCAUACCGCAAGCGCUACUGGAACGACCCCUACUUUAAGGCUCUCGACCUCCUGCGUCCUGUCUGCGAGAAACACGGCUUGACCUUGGCUGAGGUGGCCCUUCGCUGGAUGUCGCACCACAGCCUGCUCAAACGCGAGACCGGUGACGCUGUGAUCAUUGGCGCGUCGAGCACGAAGCACUUGGAACAGAACCUCAUCGAUCUGGAGAAGGGACCGCUCCCUGAGGACGUGCUUGAGGCUUUGGAUGAAGCGUGGAAGCUAGUUCUCCCUGUUGCCUCGAACUACUGGCACUGA